CGCAGCAUCCGUGGCCGCUUGUUGGUGCUGCUGCUGCUGCUGCUGCUUCUGCUGCUGCUGGUGUCGUCUGUCCAAACAGCGAUCGCUGUGCCGGAGAUCCUUGGCUCCGACGCUUGCGCAGGAACACACCGCUUGUCCCCGCAGGCACUGCCGCAUAUCCUCUGUUGAACCUUCUCGAUGCUACCUUCAUCAAAGCCCAGGAAGCGAUUGGUUCUGGACGGGCAAACCAUCUGCUCAACCGGUCUCUCGGACGAGGAGCGGACCGAUCUCCGAGCCAAAUCCAUCGCCCUCGGAGCAAUCUUCAGCCCCAACUUCACAGAGCAUAUCACCAUCCUCGUCGCCAACGAUAUCGGAUCGCAGAAAUACAGGGUUGCAGUCAAGAUGGGAGUGCCCAUCGUCACAGUUGACUGGAUCGACGAUUGCAUGCGGGUCCACUCCAUGAAGACAGCAUCAAGCAUAUCGCUCGAAGAACUCAUUGAGAGCCAUCGCAUCCCUUUCCUCAGCGACACCGUCAUUUGCACAACUGGCUUGACCGCAGACGAUCGCGAAACCAUCGAAAUGAACGUAGAAAAGUACGGUGGACGGUUCAGCGGCGAUCUCAGCCGAGAAUGCACUCAUCUGAUUGCCGAGAGUGCCUCUGGGAAGAAAUACGAGUUCGCAGUUCGAAACAAUAUCCCAAUUGUCACCCAGGGCUGGUUCCACGAGUGCAUCAAUCGUGCAGAGGUUAUCAACACCGAACCCUUUUCCCUCGCUCCGCGGCUCGCACGCUCAGACUCCGAUAAAACGAGCGUUGAAGUCCUGCUGCCCGAACAUGGGCUCCUCAAAGCCGAGUCUCUCAAGGUCAUCAAUCUCGACGCCCCUGCACAUAGCCCAUAUCUCGAGCUCAGUAUCUACGCCGGAUCCGAGUUCUCAGCAAGCGAGAUGCAGCGCAUUCGUGCGAUGGUGCACGAUGGCUGCGGUGUGCUGGCCCAAGUGCUCGACGGCUUUGUCACCCACUGCGUUUUCAUGUCAGCGGAACGGGUCACCCCUGAUGAGCGCCAGCUGCUUCAAAAUAUCAGCAAGAGCGGACGAGACAUCGAGAUCGUGGAGCUGCAGUGGCUGGAAGCAUGCUACGCCGCAAAGACUAUUGUCGCGCCGGACUCGUUCCGCCUUGCGCUACAACCCGGCGCCUCUCAUACGAUCGCCAGCAACGCCAACGCUCCACGGGAACCCCAGCCGGCCUUGCGGCGCUCAUCGACGCUGUCCAAUCCGAGUAGCACCGGUCUCACUGUGAAAGUGAGCAAGCGGAGGGAUACAAGCAUGUCCAUGUAUGGGAACCUGAUGGAGCUCGACGACGACGCAACCGUGUUCGGCGUUGCCAAUGCGGUGCCGAACAAGUCAUCUCUUUCGCACCAGUACUCGAUUCAACUCGAGUCGACUGACAGCCAAGUUCAAGAAAACGGAAAUACUGAUCCGCCGCAGAUCUUCAAGGGCAUGCAUUUCGCCACUCAGAACUGGUCUCCUGACGAGAAACGCACGAUCAGAAGCGAGAUUAUUCUCUCUGGCGGGCAGUUUCACGAUGUCGUUCCCGAUUCACAGAGCGUCGUCUACAUGAUCGUGCCGUUUUCGGGAUCCACGGACUUUAAGCCACUGCCAAACUGCUGCGUGGUUACCGAGUACUGGGUCGAGUACUGCAUGGUGAACAACAAGUGUUUUCCGAUCACUGGAAACAUCCUAUUCAGCCCCUGCAAGUUCGCGCUGCCGAUUGGCGAGUUCACCACUUUGCGCUUCAGUAUUACAUGCAUGGAAAUGGCCGACCGGCUGCACGCUGUCCGUCUCGCACGGCAACUCGGCGCACAGUGCGAAGAAUACUUCACCAACCACGACACGCAUUUGAUCUGCGGCACAAGCACCACAACGGUCUCCAAGAAGCUCGAGCGCUCUGCGACGCUAGGGAUCCCGGUUGUCAAAUACGAAUGGCUGCUGGAGUGUGUUAGGCAGGGACGAAUGGUCGACCCUCGGCCUUUUACGCUCUCGCUCACGACUGGGUCGGACACUGCACCCACAAGCAGUCCUGGGAACACCAAAUCAUUCGAGGCCGAGGGUCCGCAGUCAUCCAUGGACAUUUCAAGUGGUGCCAAGCCGUCCCUUCUGCGAGCUGAAUCAAGCCGCGGCUCCGAAUCGGAUAUCCCAACCCGCGACUUGCAGCACGUACUCAAGGACGUUGUCAUCAGCUUCAGCGAUCGCGUGAUGAAACAAUACCACGAGUUAUCGCGGAUGGCCAAGAUGAUGGGGGCGAGCGUGCUGCCCAAAUAUAGCCAGUCGUGCACGCACCUUCUCUAUCACGCAACCAGAAUCAGCGAUCAAACCGUGGAAUACAAGUACGCUCGCCAGGCAAACAAGUUCAUUGUGUCGCCGCUGUGGCUUGAGAAGUGCGCUGCUACAGGAACCCGUCUCAACGAGGACGACUUUCCCUAUGUGAUGAAUGCGAACAAGGUGCUGCCGAUGACCCUGUCCCAGAGUGUCAAGAAGCCUUCACCAACAGCAGCAGCCCCAAGCCGCACACGAAAGUCGAAUCCACAGCCGGUCUUGCAGCCGGAAGGAACCAGUGAGAGCGAGACAUCCCUUCUCGGCGCACCGGACUACUUGAUCGGAAAGUCGUCAGAGUCCCGCCAGAUGCCGGACGAGAUCAAGAUGGACGAGGGCAUGAACCAAGUGCUGGAGAUGCUGCACUCCAAAACAAGCAACGAAAAGUCGCGACGACCCAAAAUCCAACGCUCUGUUCCAAGUCUGCUGAGUGCUGCAUCAAAAUGCCCCGUGCUGGACGAGAACGAUGACAGCACAACAAAAGAAGACAAGAGCACGGGUCAGGGAUCGAUCACUGGAUCAAGUGCUCCUCACGAGGGCGACUCAAUCGUCUAUGACGAUCCAGAAUCGCGCAAGGUCAAGAGGAAGCUGAUAGACGAGCUAUCUCACGGCAAGCGGGCCCGAGCGAUGACUUCGCCCGAUGCACGCAUGCAAAUCGAUCCGAUGAUCAAGCGAGGGUUGAAUCCGACCCAACACGAGGAGAGCGACGCCCCAAAGACACCCUCAAAGUCCUCUAGCAGCACACAAAGGAGCAGCACCCCGACAACCCGGCGGAUGACCCGGCGACACAACGUCAGCAGCAGCGGCACGGGCGUCCCGCGCUUUCUCAUGACAGGCAUCUCGCAGGACGAGCGGCUCCGGCUGGGAAAGAUUUUGCGUGAUCUCGGCGGCACAGUCAUGGGCUCGGAGAACUGGCAUCCCGACUGCACGCACCUGAUCCUGUCGCAUAUGGCACGAACAGAAAAGUGCUUAGCUGCCUGUGCCUCGGGUGUUUGGAUGCUCCAGCCGAAAUAUGUGGAUGCGUGUGCUAGUGCCGGAGAGUUUAUCGAUGAAGAGCAAUAUGAGUGGAAGCCCACGGCCGCAACGCCCAUGGAUGAACUGAUGCUCUAUGGAGCUGGGCACUAUUGGAGAAAAAAGCUGCAAAACUUCCAGCACCCAGACCGGCCUCGCAAAGGCGCCUUCGACAGCUGGAGGGUGCUCCUCGUUAUCGAUUCCAAGAAGCGAGAUGGCUUCUACCGGGUCCUCCGAGCGGGCGGGGCUGAAGUGAUAUCGUGGGAGGCGGAUGAUUGCAACGAAACCAGGCUCGCGCAAACGGAGCCCACACACAUCCUGUCGGAUGUCUCGCGAUUCAGCACCGCCCAAAAGCUCGCAAAGCUCUGCCGGCCCCACAAAGCACAGUUUCUCGAUUGUAUGUAUGUCCCCGAAUUUCUCCUUAGCCCGGAAUCGACGCUUUCGACCGAGCAGUUUGUGCUGCGGAAUCGUCAAAGAGCACCAAGCGAAGCUAGACCCGCAUCAUAGCCAAGAGGACAAGUCUCUGUUCGGCGGUAUGCCAUCGGAAAUAUACAGCUUGAACAAAGCGGGACAGUGCCCAGCUGGGUUUGUUCGCACGCCGGCCGCAGCCUGGUGUUGGAGUAGUCUUGAGAGAGAGUGGACAUGCGCUCGAUGGACAUCCUCCUCUCCCUUCAACGAUUCACUCCCAAAGACAGCCACCGUCACAGUCUCCUUGGACACACA